AUGGUUUUCAUUCUUUCAAAGCACAAAAAGUGCCCAACCAAUCUGAAACUUGACGAUCUGAAACUCAAAAGUGCAAAAACCCGCUGCAGAAAGUUGUAUGACAAUUUUAUUUCUAAAAAUUUUUGUAUUAUUGAAGACGAUGAAUCUUAUAUCAAGUACGAUCAUCAGCAAACUCUUGGUGCCAUCUAUUAUAUUGCCAAAUGUAGAGGAAAAGUUCACAAAAAAAUCAUUUGCAAAUUCCUUGAAAUUUUAAAAAACGAGUUAUCUUCAGAUCUAGAUGACCAGCUUGUUAUUUUGCAAUCACAGUUGUGUCUAAGAAGAAAAAUUUGUUUCCAAUUUUCAACAGGUGAUAAAAAGAAACUAAAAAAUGUAUUGACAAAAAUAAAAAUAAAAUGGAAAAGUAGUAACCGAACAAAAAAAAUAUUUUUGAAGACACAUGACACUUGGUUAAAAGCCUCAACAAAUAUUUGUAUUGUUCAAGCACGAAACAAAGAGAAAAAAAGCCAUAGUGCAAUGGGUCGACCACCUUUGAACUUUGAUGAAGCAAGUGAGCGAACGAAACGGCAAAAAACAGAGGAAAUGCGUUCGACAUUUAGUUCAUCCGAGUUAGCAUUUGCUUCUCAGAUGAGUCUUCGGGCUUCAGGAUCAUGCAAUGCCGGAGUUACAGUUAAAGAUUUACCUUCCACCAUUCAACACCGAGUCGCAAAUUAUAUAGAGAGCCUUAAAUUGUCCCAAAUUUCACAAACAUCUGAACUAUGUGCUGAAACAGCUCUUUCCAUACUAAUGGAAGCAAAGCUUUCUAAACACCAAUAUUGCAUUAUAAGAAGUGCUGCAAUUGCGAGUUCCACAAGCGUGGUCCCCGACAUGUAAUUGAGAAGUCAGAUUUUUUAAGUAAUGUUAGUGGGAUUUAGUAAUUAUUUAUUGAGUGUCUUAUUUUAUAUUUAUGAUUAAUAAGAGA